CGCAUUGCAAAAGGUUGAGCAUGUCGACAAGAAUUACUUGCUUCCUUCUCCUCAAGAGAUCUCUUUUGGUGAUUACUCAGUACUUAUGGUUUUGCUUCAAUUGGUCCCACUAUUAAAAUUGAGUAGCUCUUGCCUCUUGGAAAACAGAGGAAUGGGCCUGUAAUUAUUAUUUUUGUAGCUCUUUCAUUGGUUACACUUGGCCACUAUUAGGAGUUGUGUUUUAGCGAGUCACCAUCCAAAGGUCUCCGAGUGCUUACAUCCUCUUUCCUCCUCUUAUUCGCAUUGCAAAAGGUUGAGCAUGUCGACAAGAAUUACUUGCUUCCUUCUCCUCAAGAGAUCUCUUUUGGUGAUUACUCAGUACUUAUGGUUUUGCUUCAAUUGGUCCCACUACUAAAAUUGAGUAGCUCUUGCCUCUUGGAAAACAGAGGAAUGAGCCUGUAAUUAUUAUUUUUGUAAAGCUUGGGAAUGUGGCAAUAUCAUUUUUGUUCCUCCCAAAAACAGUCUAUACGUGUUGCUGAGACUGAGGGUCGACAUCUUUGUGAACAGAGACCAUAUAUUGUUAGUCGAGAUCCAAGAUAAGUAUCCUUUCUAAUGAUUGUUAUUUUUUUCUAAUGAUUGUUAUUCUAGUUCGCAAGUCUUCGUAAAUUUGUUUUGUAACGUUUGUCGAUAUGAUUUGUAAUGUCUCUCAAUUGGAUUUGUAAACACUAUAAUAUUAACCAAUUGUAAAUUUCUAUAUCAGUAAAUAUCAAGGAUUGCGAAAAUCGUGCCAGAAAUUGUACUGUAAAAGUCACCGGUAUGAUUUUUUGUACCGGUACCGUGAUUUAACCGAAAUUCAACCAUUUUAUAACGGUAAAAUCACCUACAGAUUUAGGUUCUAGUAUAAGCUAUUUCCGGUUUGACCGCCAAUACGAUUUUACAAACACGACCCUGUCAAGAAAGGACCAAGAUAGGAACCCUUUCAAGAAAAGCUUUGUUGGUCUUUGAAAAGGAUCCAGAAGGUUUGGUUUAUACUUCGUUUCUGGGUGUAACUUCUGCAGUUUCUUUAAAUUCUGGCAGGUGGAGUUUGGUGAGGAAAGUGUAAAAAGAGUGAAAGAUAAGGAAACAAUUGAAUGCAACCUUCACUAACGUUUUGCACUUUUGUUUCAGCAAGUGAGCAUAAUGUUUGGUUUGACAUAAUAAAAUUUUGUCAGUGACAUGCUUUCACUUUGGGUUGGUGAAGUUUGGUGAAGAAAGGUGUCUUAAAAGAGAGAACAAGUAGUAGUCAGUACAUAAGGAUGACAGCCCAACCUUCACCCUCUCAAGUCAUUGCCAGUCAGUAACAUCAAAAGACACAAACAGAUUUCCUUCCUAGUUAUGGCAAUGGCUGAAAUGGACAGCUCUAGGAAUACUGUCCUUUCUGCCAGGAGUGCAUUGAAGGCAAGCUUAGAGAAUUCAAGAGCUCUUACUGCAGCACUGCAUAAAACUGGACAGAGAGUGGAUCGCAUUGGACAGAGCCUACCUCGUUUGGAAGCUGCAGUGAGGCCUUCCCCAGCUCAGAAAUGCACAUUUGUGGCGAUCGCAGACCAUGUCGAUCGUGCAGUUGGGCCUGCAGAAGCCGUGCUGAAAGUUCAUGGUUCGAUUCAGGAGCUCCAGAAGUCUCUGGUCUCAGCAGAUCCAAGUUCUGAUCUUUAUGCGUAUCUUUCCUACGUGAAGCAGCUGGAGGAAGCGUUGAAAUUUCUAGCUAACAACUGCGGGCUAGCAAUUCAGUGGCUGCAGGACAUGCUACAGUUCCUGGAGGACAAUUCAGUUUCCCGUGAGCCGUACAUUUCCAAUGUCAGGAAGUCCUUGAGAAUCCUGCUGGAGUUGCAAGCCACUGAGAGAAGGGCUCGAUUCGAUGGUGGUGUUCUGAUUGAUGCAUUUAGGAGGCUCGAGAGGGAAUUCGAGCAGCUUCUUGUGGCGAAUUCGGUUCCUGUUUCUUUGGUUCUUUGCUCAUCAAAGAAAAAGCCCUUCAUUGCUCCCCCAGCUCUCCCUGUGGCUGUCAUUGAGAAACUUCAAGCCAUCACAGAGAGACUGGGUGCUAGCAACAGGCUAUCAUGGAUUACAACAGCAUAUGUCGAGGUCCGGGUUUCAAAUGCAAAAAGAAGUUUGGAAGGGAUUGAUCUGACUUACCUUGUGAAGCAAGUAGCUGGGUCUGAAGAUGUGCAAGAAGUACAGGGCUGGAUUAAUCAGUGGUCCGAUCACUUGGAGUUGAUUAUCAAGAAUAUCUUUGAGGUUGAAUUCAACCUUAGCAAAGAUGUUUUUUGCAAAACUGGAUCAUCUUCGGACUUUUCAACAGGUUGUUUUACAAAGAUCGCCACAGAGUCUGGAAUCCUGUCAUUCCUUCAGUUUGGAAGAAAAGUGACCGAGUGUAAGAAGGAUCCCAUCAAGCUCUUGAAGCUGCUUGAUAUCUUUGCAGCUCUGGAUAAUCUGAGAGGUGAUUUCAACAGGCUUUUUGGAGGGACAUCCUCGCUCGACAUCCGUACCCAGACGAGGAGCCUCAUCAAGAGCGUUGUGGAUGGCAUCUGUGAAAUUUUCUGGGAGCUUACAGAUGAAGUUUCAAGGCAAAGACAAAGCUUGCCUCCUUCAAAUGGCAGUGUUCCGAGACUGGUGAGCUUUGUCACAGAGUAUUGCAAUGAAUUGCUUGGAGAUAAGUACAGGCCAUUGCUAGAGAAAGUUGUGAUGAUCCAUCAAAGCUGGAAAAAGGAGAAGUACCACGAUCAGCUCCUUACCAGCCAAAUCUGCUGUGUGGUAAAAGAAAUCGGCCUCAACUUGGAUUCAUGGUCAAAAGCACAUGUGGAUGCCACACUAUCUUUCCUCUUCAUGAUGAACAAUCACUGCCACUUUAGCAAUCUCAGGGGCACAAAGCUUGGAGAUCUGAUGGGAGAUUCCUGGUUGAAGGCGCAUGAACAGUACAAGGAACAUUUCAUGGCUCUUUACUUGAGAGAAAGCUGGGGGAAGGUGGUUGCCAUUCUUCGCCCAGACGGCAGCCAAGUUUAUUCAUCUCCUGCAAAAGUACCCAACAGUGAUUCUAUCAAAAGAGGGUACAAAGCAUUCAAUGAGGCGUUUGAUUACAUGUACCAGAAGCAGUCCAGUUGGGUUGUCCCUGACCAGAACUUGAAGCUGAGAAUCUGCAAGCUCUUGGUUCAGUCUCUGGUACCUGUCUACAGAAACUAUUUACAGAACUAUAAACUUCUGAUGGAGGAAAAUUCUAGCUCCAAAAAGCAUAUCAGAUACACAGCACAGGGUCUGGAAACCAUUCUGAGCUCUUUGUUCCAGCAAAAGGUGACAAAAUAUAGGCGCAACAGACACGCAUACUGGAUUGGCAAGAUCAAAGAUGCUAUGACAGAUAAUUUCAGACCGACAUUGAUGGCUGUCUGACGUAUUUGAUUUAACUUUCUCUGACAAUUUCAUUUGUAUAUCCGACAAGCAAAAUGUACAUAACUGGAAGUUCUGUAGCUUUACACCAUAUACUCCAAAAGAAUAAAUCUACCAGUCAAUCUUGAAGGUUGAAAAAUGCAGCAGCGGUGAUUUGUAAGUUAAGGCAUUCAGUACAUCUAAUGAUAUAUUAGGGAAGGAAUAAAACUUAUACAACCUCAUUUUUCAAUUUUCAUAGAAGUCUGAACCAAAGCACCAAAUAACAAAAUCUGGUAGAUAGGUCAGCAAAAGUUGUUUACAUCUCAUCUCUACAAGGAAUGCUAAAGGGACCAUAGUAAAUUGAUUUGUUACAAUCUUCUCAAACUUAUCUGCUUCAACUGUUUCACUUUCUCAAAAGCUGGAGCUUGAUAAUUUUUCUCCACUUCCCAUGCCAGCUGGGACAUGCCAUUGAAGGAUGACUUAGCUCCUUUCUCAUCAGUAACUUCUCUUGGGAACGGGAUUCGGACAUCGAAAGAGUCCUUCUCAGUAGAGGUAAGUCGCACAUCAAAACCUAGCCUAUCAAUCCAUAUCAUCUUUGCUUCAGAAACCUGAAACAGGAAGUCAGAAUUCAUGAGCACAACUGGCAGAUAUUGGGGAAAUAGAGCGAACACUAGAGACAAAAAUUUCCCUGCUAGGAGUGACUAAAUAAAGCAGAAGCUUCACUUUUGCACAGCCAUCCCUACAGUGAUGGCUGUCCUUUUUCAUACAUAUCAAGCCAUACUAUGCAACGUCGCAGAGAUAUAUAAUAUGCUAAAAAAAUGCAUAUAAUGAA